GACACAUUGAGACACAAAAAAAGAAGCGACGGGGAGAGCGAAGGAAAGAGGGAGCCAAGCCCUGCAAAAACACCAUGACCGAAACCACCAAGACCCACGUUAUCCUGCUGGCCUGCGGCAGCUUCAACCCCAUCACCAAGGGCCACAUCCAGAUGUUCGAAAGAGCCCGGGAUUAUCUGCACAAGACAGGAAGGUUCAUCGUCAUUGGUGGAAUUGUCUCGCCUGUACAUGACUCCUAUGGGAAGCAGGGCCUGGUCUCUAGCCGACACCGUCUGACAAUGUGCCAGUUGGCUGUCCAGUCCUCGGAUUGGAUCAGAGUGGACCCAUGGGAAUGUUACCAGGAUACCUGGCAGACUACUUGCAGUGUACUUGAACACCACCGGGACCUGAUGAAACGAGUGACUGGCUGCAUCCUCUCCAAUGUCAACACACCAUCCUUGACCCCAGUGAUUGGGCAGCCCCAGAACGAGUCCCCACAGCCUAUCUAUCAGAACAGCAACCUUUCCAACAAGCCCACUGCAGCAAAGUUUUUGGGGAAGGUGGGAGAGAGCCUCAGCAGGAUUUGCUGUGUUCGUCCGCCAAUGGAACGUUUCACCUUUGUGGAUGAAAAUGCAAAUUUGGGGACAGUUAUGAGAUAUGAAGAGAUUGAGCUCCGAAUCUUGCUGCUUUGUGGCAGUGACUUGCUGGAAUCCUUCUGCAUCCCAGGCCUAUGGAAUGAAGCAGACAUGGAGGUGAUAGUUGGAGACUUUGGCAUUGUUGUCGUGCCACGAGAUGGUGCUGAUACAGACCGGAUCAUGAACCACUCCUCAGUACUCCGCAAGUACAAAAACAAUAUCCUGGUUGUGAAGGACGAUGUGAAUCAUCCCAUGUCUAUUGUCAGUUCAACUAAAAGCAGGCUGGCUCUCCAGCACGGUGAUGGACACGUUGUGGAUUAUCUGUCACAGCCGGUCAUUGACUACAUCCUCAAGAGCCAGCUGUACCUGAAUGCCUCUGGUUAGCCCCCUGCCCUCUGCCUUGGCAGUGCACUGAGGCAGACCUAUCGCUCUACUUUCCUGCAGUCGUCCAUCACAUUUUUUUCUCGUUUUCUUCCUUGCUGCCUCUUGUGUGCAUCUGUCUUUUUUUCCGCUCUGACUCUGAUGUCCUGUUUCUCUACCCCCCCCACCCCCACCCCAUGCAGGGAAGUGUAGCAUACGACAACCAAACCAGUCCGUAAUCCCCAUUUCCCUGUCCUUGGGCGGGAAAACAAAAGCAGGUACCAUGUGCCUAAAGGGGGGCAGCUUUGAGGCGUACCUUCCCAGCAUGCAUUUGGGAAGUAACACUGUCCACCUGCCCAGCAUGCCUUGGGAGCCAGGAAGGUUAUUUUUUUUUUCUGUCUCAUAACCUGUCAACAAAAUAAAUCUCAAUGGGUCUU